AUGACCGUCUCCCACAUCUCCAAGCUGUGGCAGCCUCUCAAGGUUGGCCGGACCACCAUCUCCCAACGCAUUGCCCUCGCGCCGCUCACUCGCUUCCGCAAUGAUGACAACCACGUCGCGACCGACAUCAUGGCGCAGUACUACGCCGAGCGCGGCUCCGUGCCCGGCACGCUUCUCGUGACCGAGGCCACCGGCGUCUCCCAGGCCUCCGAGGGUCAGCCCAACCUGCCCGCCGUCCACAGCGCCGCGCAGGCGAAGGCCUGGAAGAAGGUCUACGACGCCGUCCACGCCAAGGGCAGCGUCAUCUUCCAGCAGAUCUGGCAUCAGGGCCGUGCCGCCGACGCCGAGUACGUCGGCUCUCGCGGCUUCAAAUAUAGCUCCAGUUCCGCCAAGACCAUGCCCGGCCGCGACGUCGCCCCGGAGCCGCUGACCGAAGAGGAGAUCCUGACCAUCAUCGACGACUUCCGUUCCGCGGCGCGCAACGUCGUCGACGCCGGCGGCGACGGCGUCGAGAUCCACGGCGCCCACGGCUACCUGAUUGACCAGUUCACCUGCGACAGCGUCAACGAGCGCACUGAUAGAUGGGGCGGCUCGGUCGAGAACCGCGCCCGUUUCCUGCUCGAGAUCAUCAAGGCCGUCAGCGACGAGAUUGGCGCCGACCGCACCGCUCUGCGUCUCAGCCCCUUUGCUACCUUCCAGGACGCCUUUUCCUCCGACACCUGGGCGCAGACGGGCUACAUCCUGGACCAGAUCAAGUCCCGCGGGCACAAUCUCGCCUACCUGUCUUUCGUCGAGCCUCGCGGCGACCCCCAGGUUCUCUUCAUCGGACCUAACAAGGUCGACCCCUUUGCUGGCGGCGAAAAGUCCCUCAAGUACUUCCUCCGCAAGUGGGACAAUUUCAGCCCCGUGAUUGUCGCUGGCGCGUACGAUCUCGAAGGUGCCGCUCCUGCUGUUGACGAGGAAUACCCCGAGUGGGAUGUCAUUGUUGCGUAUGGACGCCCCUUCAUCUCCAACCCGGAUCUGGUGUUCCGCAUCAAGAACCAGAUCCCGUUCUCGGAAUACAACAGAAAGACAUUCUACCUUCCCAAGGUGGCCACGGGCUACAUUGACUAUCCGUUCAGCGAGCAGGCAAUCAAGGCCGGUCUCGGUCCUCUGAGGGCUGAGAUCAAGCUGUGA